UUUUCUGCCCUGUUGGAAGGUGGUUUCAGAAGGAAGCUGUAGCUGUAGACGGUAGCGGAAGAAGAAAAGCUGAGUAUAGAAGGCAAACGGCAUUGAACAGCUCAUUUGAAUUGGUGCUACUUUCUGUUAUUAAACGAUGUCCGUCAGUGAGGACCUUGCAGACAUGGAUGGAGCAGACCUCUUUGGGCUGCUGUUCCAUGAUGGCAACAAUGGAAGCACUGAGCCCUUUUUUCAGGGUGACAAUGACCUUAUUGAAUCCUGGCUCUCGGAACAAGAUAUACUGACCGGUGUGGAUACUGAAGAUUUCCUGUCUAGCUUGCUAGAUGGAGAUGACAAGGUGGAGGCAUUCUGUCCCUCCCAUUCCCCAAUGGGGAGCGACAGCGGCAUUUCUGAUGACAGCAGCUCAGGCGGUGGAAACAACAACGCUCUGGGAAGUCCGCAUGGCAGUGAAAGCGACAUAGUACCCAGCCCUGGCUACUCUCAUCCCAGCCCCGUUCACUCUGAUCCCACCCAUACUCUGGAGGAGCUGCAAGCAGAAAGCUUUGAGACCCUGUCAGUCCAUGCAGAUCACAGCUACUCUCUGCUGCAGAGUGGAGCCAGGGACAUGGACAUGCUGGAAAGCGUCAGGGCAGAGAAGCCAGAUGCAGAUGUCUUCAUUGAUCUAGAUGAGCUGGUGAGCGAUGCCAUGGAGGAAGACUUUACCACCGAGAUGCCUUGUACUUUCUCCAUAGAAAACUCUGCACAGGAUUUAACUCAGACAAGCAAAGCAGAUCAGUUCCAGUUUAAAGAGAUUGUUUUAACUGAAGAGGAAAAGAGACUUUUGGCCAAAGAAGGAGCCACCAUCCCUGAACACAUGCCUCUCACUAAGGCUGAGGAGAGGACUUUGAAGAGGAUCAGGAGGAAAAUCCGUAACAAGCAGUCUGCUCAGGAGAGUCGCAAAAAGAAGAAGGUUUAUGUUGAUGGGUUGGAAAACAGGGUUGCUGUCUGCACUGCACACAACCUGGAACUUCAGAAGAAAGUCCAGCUGCUUCAGAAACAGAACAUGUCCUUGAUUGAGCAACUGCGGAAACUCCAGGCUAUAGUAAAGAUGUCUACUCUGAAGGCCAGCACAACCAGCACUUGUGUUAUGGUGUUCCUGCUCUCUUUUUGCCUCAUCAUCUUUCCGUCAGUUAAUCCAUUUGGUGGAAACACUGAACUAAAGGAGCCCUACACACCUUCAUCCGUCCUUUCCCGCACCUUGCGCUCAGUGCCGUCAGAGAACACAGAUCCUGCAUUUUACAUGGAGGCUGAGGAGGAUCCACUGAUCUUGGUUUCAGAGGUGGUGGAGAACACCAAAGCCAUCUUCUCAGGGGGCCAGAUGAACCACACCCCUGACUAUCAGAGGGUGGAGCAAUCCGACUCUGAGACAGGCGUUAACAGCAAUUCCUCUGCAGACAUCCCCAGUCCAGCUCAGGCGGCAGAGAUGAAGCCCGGGUCGCCCGGCGGCGUGGGUCCUUUGAAGGAAGGGUCCAUCGAUCCUGUGGUGGCGGCAGCAGCUGUGACAUAUGAUGUCCCGGGAUCCAAGGAGAACUGGAUUGACCGAAACCCCCCAUCUGUCAUUUUACAGCAGCAUCGCUCUGAUGAGAUGUAGUAGAAUUUUAACCACAAGAACCAGCAGGGGGAGACAUUUUCUACCUGUAAAAAGAGGGAAGCUUAAACUUAAAAAAAUUGGGGAUGAAGGUAAACAAAAAUAAUGUUAUCUAUCCACCUGUUUUUUUUGUUCCUUUAUUCUCAUCUACUGCAGUUUUUUUUUUUUUUUUUUUUGCACAUUCAAUUUUACUUCAUUUGAAGACUUGCAAAGACUUUAAUUAUAAACUACUGUAUAUUUCCAUAUUUAAAAAGGUCAGUGGUGCCAUAAUUUUAAUAUCUGGUGUUCUGAAGGUCACAUGCUACUGAUGUAGCCCCAAGGGGUUUUAAAAUGCUUCGAAAUGUGAUGACCAACACUUGUAGGUCUGAAUUUGCAAAUUGGAAACACACAUACCUACAUACAUUUUCUUUUUUUUCCACACAAAAUUUAGAUGAGAGACUUGUUUUUAUUUUUGCCUUCAGCAGAUCCUGAUAUGAUUCUAAAAAGCACUGCUAAAUUGUCAUUAAAAGAAGUCCGGCGCCUCGCUGUAGGUUGUUUUUUUUUUUUUUU